AUGAUUGGUGCACCCGCUAAAGAGGUAUUUGAUAUCGUGGUUGACUUCAGGAGAUAUAGCGAGUGGAACACUUGGACUCCGAGACUCACAUUCAUCGACACUGAGGCUUCAGAAGCCGCAAAGCCGGGAGACAGAGGGAUUCUGGAGACACUGACCUAUGGCGGCAAGGACAUGAUGAAAAUACCAAUCGAGAUCCUGGCACUGAACUAUGGAGAGCAGGAAUGUAAACUGGCGUGGAAGAGCAAUUACCUACCCUGGUGGGCUGCAACCAUUGAGCGGGUACAGACAGUCACUGCCAAGGGACCAGAUACGUGUGAAGUCAAGAACUGGGAGUCGGUGGGUGGCCUUGCAGCAUACGCGAUGAAGCUCUCGUGGGUAUCGAAACAGCUUGAGGCACCCAAUGUGCGAUACCUUGAGGAGCUUGCGGCUUUUGUGAAAGGUGAUGCUACCAAGAAGGCUGCGCCUGCGAGGGCUUGA